AUGGCGGGGCCACGAUUGCUGCUGGCGGCUUGGUCGUGCGCAACUGUGACGGCUGGUGGACUUGUCGUGUCGGAUGGUGGCGCGAGCAUCUCUCAAUCGACACCGGCGGGCCCAGUGCUGACAGCAGCUACAGCAACAUUAGCUGGAACUGGGUUCUAUCUUUUCGACACGCUCGUGUCGUCGUCGACGAGUGUGUUUAGCAUUCGAGGGGAUGGUCUGACGACGUUAUCCCAAGGAAACCUCGUGCUUACUACGGGCGACUUGACCCUGACCGCCGGCGGUCUUAGUGCUGCUGGCACUGUUGUGCUGUCGAAUUCCGCGACAGCUACGACGGCCUCCACAGGCGCGCUGCAAGUCACGGGGGGUAUUGGCGUUGGCGGGGACAUUUACUGCGCUGGCACUGCUCACGUUCAAGUUCUCGAUCAGUACUCGGAUGCGCGGCUCAAGCAGGCCAUUCACGACAUUGCUGUGACCCGAGCCGAGUUUGACGCGUUGCGACCGGUCGAGUACGAGUGGAAACGACGAAGUAAAGAACUGGGCGUCCAAGCCGGAUUCAUUGCCCAGGAAGUGCAAUUGAUCUGGCCGCACUUGGUGCAUGCUGACGGCGAUGGCACGUUGUCCAUCAACUACAACGGAAUCACGCCGUACGUUGUCGCGAGGAUUCAAGGGUUGGAACGGGACCUCGACGUUGCGGCAAAUGAGAAGGAAAUCCUCCAACAUGAAGUCGACCAGCUCAAGCAGGAUGCCGCGACAGCCAGAACGAAGGUCGAGAUGCUGGAACGUGAGGCGGAGCGGAUGAAGGUGGAGAUGGCCGACAUCCAAGCACGAAUGGAACGGUGGGAAGCAAGGUGGGAUGCUGCUGAGGCAGUUGCAAUGAUCGUUUAG